AUGGCCGCCACAACAGCACCAUCGCCAUCAACACCAUCAUCACAACCCUCAUCCUCCACAACGCCCUACCCCUUCGCCGCAGCCCCCGACAUCGUCCGCUCCCACCAAAAGGACGCCUACUUCACCGGCCAGCUCUCAAACUCCUUCACCGACCUCUACCGCCGCCUCUUCGGCGCCCGCUCCGCCCACUCCCUCGCCCCCGAACUACGCACCGCCGCCUCCCUCCUCUACUUCGGCCUCACCACCCUCCCCGGCAACCGCACCCUCGGCGAAGAAUACUGCGACCUCGUCCAAGUCGACGCCAGCGCCGGCCUCUCCUUACCGGCUCUCCCCUCGCGCGCAGCCUACAUCGUCGGCACGAUCCUCCUCCCCUACCUCGCCAGCCGCAUCCUGCCCGGCCUCCGCGCCCGCUUACGAGCCUUUCUCGACCGCCGCCUCGCUACCUUAAAGCAGCAGGGCAAGACGAAGACGCGCCAGGCUCGCUUCCUAGACUACAUCUCCACGCAUCUGUCGUCGGUCACGUCCGCCGCGCCGCUGCAGGCCGUCGUCCUCGCCCUCUUCUACUUCAACGGCACCUACUACGAGCUCUCCAAGCGCCUCCUCUCCCUGCGCUACGUAUUCACCCGCACCGUCCCCGACACCCCCGACCGCGGCGGCUACGAGCUCCUCGGCGUCCUGCUCGCCAUCCAGAUGGGCGUCCAGGCCUUCCUCCACGUCCGCGAAACCUUCUCCUCCGUCGCUUCAUCCCAGCGCGAGAGGGCCGCCUUCCACUCGGGCGAGCUCGACGUCUCGCUCAGCCACAACAACACCUAUACCGCAUCCAACAACGAGCUUUUACUCAGCGGAACCAACGGGGCCCCAGCCAGCAAGGUGGACAUCGCUACGACAACGCACACGCCCAUGAGCGGCAUCCCAAGAUUCCAUCUCGAAAACGAAUCCACUAUGGGAUAUAUCAAAGGAAGCCAACAGCGCAAAUGCACGCUGUGUCUCGAGGAGAUGAAGGAUCCCGCCGCCACCCAAUGCGGGCACGUCUUCUGCUGGGAAUGCAUCGGCGACUGGGUUAGAGAAAAGCCCGAGUGUCCUUUGUGCAGAAGAGAGGCCAUGGUACAACACAUCCUCCCCUUACGCGUCAUGUAA